AAGAACGAUUUCCAACAGUGAGUUUGCACAGGAACUAAUGCAUCACUAAAGCAAUUAUGGCUGUAUCUCCCGCUAAAAUUGCCAUCACAUUUUCCGUAGUUUUCACGUUCUGCUUGUGCUCUUUGGAGGCUUCCGAUGGCGGUUUCAGCAUUGAGCUGAUUCACCGCGACUCACCAAGGUCCCCGCUUUACAACCCGGCCGAGACCCCAACCCAACGAUUGCGAAAGUCUCUGGCCCGCAACAUCGCACGGGCUAAUAGCCUCCGCCAGGCAGCCGCUGCCACCGGAUCUGCGCCUUUCUCAACUGUAACCUCCAACGGCGGGGAGUACCUCAUGAACAUCUCGAUUGGGACCCCACCGUUCCAGAUUCUGGGGACUGCGGACACGGGCAGCGAUCUGAUAUGGACCCAGUGCGAGCCUUGUACUAAUUGUUUCCAGCAGGUUGACCCGCUGUUUGACCCGCAGAAGUCGUCAACUUAUCGAGACGUUUCUUGCACCUCGAGCACUUGCAGCUCGCUUGGCAGUACCAGUUGUGGUGGGAACACGUGCCAAUACUUUCGCUCAUAUGGGGACAAAUCUUACACAAGAGGUGAUGUUGCCGUGGAAACGGUUACCCUAAGCUCAACCUCGGGUCGACCAGUUGCAUUCCCCCGAACCAUAAUUGGGUGCGGGCAUGAUAAUGGAGGAACUUUUAAUGACAAAACCUCGGGGAUCAUCGGCCUUGGAGGUAGUUCAAUCUCCCUUAUUUCCCAAAUGGGCCAAGCCACAGGCAGCAAGUUUGCAUACUGCUUAGUUCCAUUAACCGCUGAAGCCAAAGGUGAGAAGUCAAGCCAGUUGAGCUUUGGGAGUAGAGCAGAAGUAACUGGCUCCGGGACUGUUUCGACCCCAUUGGUACCAAAAUCCCCCGACACCUUCUACUUUCUAACUCUCGAGGCGAUCAGCGUCGGGAGCAGUAGAAUCGAGUUUGGAGGUUCAGCAGGUUCAGCCUCCGAGGGCAAUAUUAUCAUCGAUUCAGGCACAACCGUCACGCGUCUGCCUGAGGACUUCUACAGCCAAAUAGAAUCGGCACUUACCAACCAAAUCGAGUUACAGCCAGUGGAUAACCCACCUGUGCCUGAUCUGCCGCUUUGCUACCGUACUACGACCGACGAUAUCAAUGCUCCUGUCCUUAUUGCUCACUUCACGGGCGCAGAUGUGAUGCUUGGUCCCUUGAACACUUUUAUUAGGCUUGACGAAAAUAAUCUGUGCUUUGCUUUCGCUCCAACUCCGACUUCAGUUGGAGUGGAGGCCAUCUACGGAAACAUUGCGCAGCACAACUUUUUAGUCGGGUAUGACAUCGAGAAGAAAGCCGUAUCAUUCAAGCCUAUUGAUUGUACAAAGUUCUAAUAAGAUCAGAUUAUGAUCAUAGUAUAUGCAACUGCAUCGUAUAUUAGAAUGUGGCUCUAUGUAAGGGUGUGCAUGAAUAUCGGGUAUAUCCAGAGCCGGUCGAAAUCUACCCGUUAGGGUAGGGUCCGGGUAGCUCGUAUUAAAAAUAUGGUAGGAUCCGAGUAUUAAAAUAAGGAACCGGUGAUAACAGGUUCCGAUUUCGAUUCCUGCAUAUAGGGUACCUAGAAUCAGAAUUGGAAUCGGAACCGGCAUCAAGACUCGAUAAUAAUUUUUCCUAAUUAUAUUCAGAUAUAUUUCUCCCUUUUACUC